GCGGGGCCGGGCGCAGCCAGUCUCCCGCCGCCGCCGCCGCUGCCGGACGCGCAGAGCGAGGGGCUGCUGGGCCGACGGCUGCCCGCCGAGCUAGCGAGCGAGCGAGCGAGCGAGCGCGGGGUCGCAGCGCAGGGGGCGUUCCCGGCCAGGACGCGGGUCGCGGCGUUGCCCUUGGCGAGCGUCCGGAUCGCAGGCUGUCUGUGCCCAGACCCCAGCGUACCCCUCACCACCAUGACUGGGCUGCUGAAGAGGAAGUUUGACCAGCUGGACGAGGACUCCUCCUCGCUCUGCUCGUCCUCCUCCUCUUUGUCCUCCUCGGGCUGCCACUCUCCCUCCUGCUCCCCGAGCUCUUCGGCCUCCCCAUCGUGGGACUCAGAUGAGGAGGGCCCCUGGGAUCAGAUGCCCUUGCCUGACCGCGACUUCUGUGGCCCCCGAAGUUUCACCCCCCUGUCCAUCCUGAAGCGGGCCCCCCGGAAGCGCCCAGGCCGGGUAGCCUUCGAUGGCAUCACUGUCUUCUACUUCCCUCGGUGCCAGGGCUUCACCAGUGUGCCUAGCCGCGGCGGCUGCACCCUGGGUAUGGCCUCCCGCCACAGUGCCUACCGCCGCUUCUCCCUGGCCGAGUUUACGCAGGAGCAAGCCCGGGCACGGCAAGAGAAGCUGCGCCUACGCUUGAAGGAGGAGAAGCUGGAGGCGCUGAGAUGGAAGCUUUCGGAGACCGGGAUACCCAAGACAGAGGCCGGCCUGCCGCUUACAGUGGACACCAUAGAUGAUGCCUUUGUGGAGGAGGAUUUGGCAGUGGCCAUGGCAGGUGGCCAGUUGGAGGAAAUGACCUUCCUCCAGCCCUACCCAGCCCGGAAGCGGCGGGCUCUGCUGCGGGCCUCGGGCGUGCGGAGAAUCGAUCGCGAGGAGAAGCGAGAGCUGCAGGCCCUGCGCCAGUCCCGGGAGGACUGUGGCUGUCGCUGUGACAGGGUCUGUGAUCCUGAGACCUGCAGCUGUAGCCUGGCGGGCAUCAAGUGCCAGAUGGACCACACAGCGUUCCCCUGUGGCUGCUGCAGAGAGGGCUGUGAGAACCCUAAGGGCCGUGUGGAAUUUAAUCAGGCACGAGUUCAGACCCAUUUCAUCCACACACUCACCCGCCUGCAGCUGGAGCAGGGGGCCGAGAGCCUUGGGGAGCUGGAGGCCCCGGCCCAGGGUGCCACAUUCAGCCCCAACGAGCAGGUCCUGGCCCCCACGUUCCCUCUGGCCAAGCCCCCCGUGAGCAGCGAGCUGGGAGACAACAGCUGCAGCAGCGACAUGACCGAUUCGUCCACAGCAUCGAGCAGCAGCGAGGCCCCCAGUGGCUCUGCCCACCCGGCCCUGCCCGGCCCCGGCUUCCAGCCCGGAGUGGACGAUGACAGCCUGGCUCGGAUCCUGAGCUUCAGUGACUCUGACCUGGGCGGAGAGGGGGAGGAGGAGGAGGAAGGGGGUGUGGGCAGCCUGGACAACCUCAGCUGCUUCCACCCAGCUGACAUCUUUGGUACCGGUGACCCCGCUGGCCUGGCCAGCUGGACCCACAGCUAUUCCAGCUCCAGCCUCGCGUCAGGCAUCCUGGAUGAAAACGCCAACCUGGAUGCCAGCUGCUUCCUCAAUAGUGGCCUUGAAAGCUUGGGGGAAGGCAGCCUCCCCGGCCCCCCGGUGCCAGCCAUCACGGAUGCCAGCCAGAGCAGCUCAGUGGACCUGAGCUUGUCCUCCUGUGACUCCUUCAAGCUGCUCCAGGCCCUGCCAGACUACAGUCUGGGGCCCCACUACACCUCCCAAAAGGUGUCUGAUAGCCUGGACAACCUCGAGGCGCCCCACUUCGCCCUGCCUGCCUUUUCUCCCCCUGGGGACGCCAGCACGUGCUUCCUGGAGUCCAUCAUGGGCUUGUCUGAGCCAGCCGCCGAGGCCCUGGCUCCCUUCAUGGACGGCCAGUUGUUUGAGGACACUGCCCCAGCGUCGCUGGUGGAGCCUGUGUCUGUGUGAGGGUUAGGGUGCCUUUUCCCGGCCCCAAGAGCCCUGUUGCUGCUUCGUUGUAAUUGGGGGCUCCCUGAGGUCUGUCUGUCUGUAACGGUCUCCCAUUGGCUGGCUCCCAUGUGGGCACUCCUAAUUUUCAUGCAACACUCUGGAUUGAUUUAUUUAUUUUUGUAACCUUCUGUGCUGAAGGGGGACGGGGUGGGGGGCACUUCCCCUUUCAGCCGCCUGGUCCCCCAUAUGCCCACACCCUCUCUUCCACUUCCAUGGCCGUGCCAGGAGCAGGAAGAAAUGUGGCUCCCCUGGAGCUUUGCAGACUCCUUUUCGGUCUUGUGUGAUGUUCCUAAGCCCAAAGACAGCCACACAGGGCUGAAAUCAGCCACUUCUUAAGGCUUCUUCUGCCACCCUGAGCCCUAGACUUAUGGGUUGCUGAAUCCUCUGGACUGUGAAGACUAUAAUUUAUUUCCAUAAUAAUUUAUUUGGAGACUAGGUGGCUGGCAGGCAAUGCUAGGGUCGGGGUGGGACACAGACCCCUGCGAGUCCCUUUGCCUUUUAGUCCCGCAGCCCUGCCCUCGCCGGGACUUUGGUGUGGACCAGGCAUGGAGUUGAGCCCUCUGUCUAAUGUGGCAGCUGCUCUGCUCCGGCUGGCUGAGCAAGCCGGGGCUGGCCUGGGACAGCAUCUGGGCAGGGGGAGGGGCUGGGCUGACCAACCGUGACCAAAACCCUCUUCUGCCCCACGCAGCCCCCUCUCCUUCCUGUCCUCUGCCCCAUCUUCCCCCUCCCCAAAGGCCGCAGCUUUUAUUCCAAGCCCAUCAAUGUAGGAGGGGGAAGCAGGAGGCCCAGAGAGGGCAAGGGGCUGCCCCAGGGCCUGUAGCAUGCCCCUGACCACUCAGGGCUUUCCAGGCACGCACUCCAGCCUGGUCCCCCUGCCCGUACCCUAAGGCCAGUUGGCCAAGGGCAUGGGGUGGCUCCUUAUGGCUUUCAUGCCAUUUGUUUGCAGAUGUUGAAUUUCGCAUCAUAGUUUCUAUAUUGUCCCUGAGUAUUAGAACUGUAAUUUAUUCAUUUUUCUGUGUCUGUGCCAAGAAGCCCAGGCUCUGGGCCUGCCGUCUUGCCUAGGAGGCCUUGCCAGCCUGCGAGCUUGUGGGAACACCUUGUACCUGAGCUUACAGGUACCAAUAAAGAGGCUCUAUUUUUCA